AUGGAUUUGGUUGAAAUAUUCAAUGACGUCUUUAAAACACCUAAAGACGAUGACAUGAUUGACAGACUAAACCACACAUACACCAGAUUAAUCCUCAUUUUAUUUGCAGUCAUUGUUUGUACCGAGCAAUAUGCUGGCAGUCCUAUUAAUUGUUGGACACCACCUCAGUUUAAAGGCAUUUUUUUAAUUAAUGAUAUAGAUAAUUAUGCUAAAUAUACACAAAAAAUAUGCUGGAUUCAAAACACGUAUAGAAUUCCUAUGAAUAAGACAAUUCCCGAAACAAAUAAUUAUCAAGGGAAACUUCAAUUGAGAUAUUAUCAGUGGGCACCAUUCAUUUUUUUAACGCUAUCGUUAUUUUAUUUUCUGCCAUGUCUAUUUUGGAGAGCUAAUAACAAAAAAUACGGACUCAAUCUUAAAACGAUUGUCGACAUUGGUAACAAAUAUCACGAAGCUGAUGAUAACAAAAAAAAAGAUGAACAAAUAAAAAUCAUCACUAAACAUUUUAAUCGAUAUCUUGAAAAUAAAAAAUAUACCAAAGGCAAUCUAUUUUGUUUUCCUUCAAAAUUACAAUCUUUGACAGCAGUCUACAUAACAAGUAAAGUUUUAUAUCUUCUUAACGCCGUGGCACAAUUGUUUUUAACCGACUUACUUCUCUGUAAUGGGGAAAUUAAAUUUUAUGGACUGUUUCUACUGCGAAAUGCAGUGUUUGGAAUCCAAACUCAAUCGGAAUUAUUUCCACGUGUCGCUUAUUGUGAUUUUUAUGUACGUGAAAUGGGACAAGAGAUUAAUGGACAUAGAUACACUGUGCAAUGCGUUUUAUCGAUUAAUCUUUAUUUAGAAGCCAUUUUUGCAUUUUAUUGGUUUUGGCUGUGUUUAUUAAUUUUUCUUAACUUGAAGAAUACUAUUAUGUGGUGUUGGCAUAUUUUAUCUACUUGGAAUACGAAAGCAUAUAUUCAUAAAUAUAUCCGACCAGAAUUACGAAGUAACUUAGAUUUGUUGAUUGAAAAUCCAAAAUACAUGGUUACUCACUUUAUUGACAACUAUUUGGAUGCCGACGGAAUUUUUGUAAUGAGACUAAUCAGUCAAAAUAUCAGUCACGUGGUAGCUACUGAUCUUAUCAGUGCGUUGUAUGAAAAUUACAAAAUUAUAGAAGUUGGGAAAAGAAUUAAUAAUGUAGAAAGUAUUUCUGACAGGGAGUUAAGUAAUUUGGAUUUUUUGUCUAAUUAA